CGAGCGAAGUGUUUCUUUCUCAGAAGACAGUUGAGGGCGACAGAGGGAAUUAUGCUUCCAGUGUCCCAAAUCUUCAGCAUGCCUACGAAGUAAGAUUCAGUCAGCGACUUGACUAAGCGCUUGUACUUCACCUCAGCAAACCAUAUCUGUGCCGCUUUGGACUUAGCUUUCCAGUUUUCAUCAUCAUCAUCGGAUCUAUUGCUGUCAGAUGGGGAAGUAUGCAUCGCGCCUCGCAGGUUCCUCUCUUUGGAAAGUAGUACUACAUUUGACACUUGGGAGGAAAGACCACGGCAUGUAGUAUUGUAUUAGUGUUGCAUGAAGACUUUCAGCGGUUAUUAAAGGACAUUGUGAUAUGGAAGUAAUUCAGCAACUCUGUCAUGUCUUGACUGCAGCAGCAAACACUCCCGAGGAAGAAUGAAGUAAGCGCGAUGGAGCCGGACAAUGCCCUGAACUCCAGACUCAAAGCAGCUGGAGUCGGGGGGAGAGCUGUCUUUCUCUGCAUGGUUCUUUACUGUACGUGCUGUCUGAGGUUUGCACAAGCACAGUCUGCAGAUGUGGACGUGCUGCAAAGACUGGGAUUGGUUGGGAAACGACCAUCUGGGACACGCUCCACACCUCAAGGUGUCAUCCCCUUCAAAUCAGGAGUCAUCCUAACCCAGAGGGUGCGAAUUGACAUCCCAGUGAGCUCCGUCGUCCCGGCGUCACUGGGCUCGGCGUUCUCUCUCAUCCUCAGCGUAUGUUCGCAUCGCAUAAACAAUGCUUUCCUCUUCACCAUUGUGACAAAGAGGAAAAGACUGCAGCUAGGGCUGCAGUUCAUCCCUGACCAAAUCUUAGUUUACUUGGGCCAAAAGAACACUGUAAAGUUCGAUUAUGAUGUUCACAAUGGUCAGUGGCACAACCUGGCUUUGGAAAUCCAGGCCCAAAGGGUUACGUUAUAUACUUCUUGUGGGAAGACAAGUGUACAUGCACAUUUGCAUUUUAAAAAUGAGGAAAUGCUGGAUCCAGAGGGCUCCUUUCGAUUGGGAAAAACGAGUCAGAACUCAGUGCAGUUUGAAGGAGCCAUCUGUCAGUUUGAUAUUCAUCCCUCUGCUAAGGCAGCUCACAAUUAUUGUAAGUACAUUAAAAAACAGUGCAGGGAAGCUGACACUUAUCGGCCAAACCUCCCUCCUCUUUUACCACUAUUAUCCCUGGAUCCCAAUAUAUCUGUUACCGUUCAGACCCCAAAUGUUGUAACAGAGGUAAACGACAGACAUCUUUCAUUAACACAAGACAAAGUACGCAUUAAUCAUGAAACCUCACAAGUCCUAAACACCUCCGUUCUAAUUACGUCUCAGUCUGUACAAAGCACGGUGCCACCGACGAUAGCCCAGCCCACACUACAGCUCCCCCUGCAGGCCACAUCACAAACUGCCAUGGCCUCCUUUGGGAGUAGGACAUCACAAAUAUCUUCAAAGCCAACUCAACAAAGCAGUCCCAGGAAGAACCUCAUGAAGGCAACUGUAAAGCCCCAGAUACUAAAAGAGAACGGGAUGGCUGUCAACUCCACACCAGCAGGCCAACAGAAGAACAAACUGGAUAUCCAGACCCCUGCCGCAACAAAACCUAAACCUUCUAGCACAUCCAGAGUGUCAGAGAUGACAACAUUAGCAUCACAGAGACCAUUACCAAAGGAGACCUCCAAACCCAGCUCUUUUGAGCCCGUCACUCCUGCAGCAACGGAUGGUUUCCAAACCUUUGACCUUGAACCAACCCAAUACUCCCUCUUGGCUGGGCCACCAGGACAGAAAGGAGAACCAGGACCACUGGGACCUACAGGACCUCCUGGCAAGCCAGGAUUACCAGGAAAGAGAGGGCCCAGGGGUCCCCCUGGUCCGCAUGGAAACCCAGGCCGCCCAGGGACCCCCGGACCCAAGGGAAAAAAGGGAGACCCUGGAAUCUCACCUGGCAGAGCACCAAAUGGAAUAAAGGGGGACCCUGGGAUAUUAGGGCUACCCGGACUACCCGGUCAAGCUGGUCGGAAGGGACAGAAAGGCCAUCCUGGUUCCUUUGGCCACCCCGGAGAUCAAGGAGAAAGAGGACCGGAUGGAAGCCCGGGUGCCAAAGGUUAUCCUGGCAGGCAGGGUUUGCCGGGGCCUAUAGGAAAUAUGGGACCAAAAGGUGUACAGGGCUUCAUUGGAAUCCCAGGCGUCUUCGGUCUCCCUGGACCUGAUGGAGAAAGAGGUUUACCUGGUGUUCCCGGGAAGAAGGGCAAGAUGGGUAGGCCGGGCUUUCAAGGAGAUUUUGGGGAGCGAGGACCACCAGGACCUGAUGGAAAUCCAGGAGAGAUGGGUGCCCCAGGUCCUGUUGGCAUCCCUGGUUUUAUUGGUGAUAUGGGUCUUGUUGGAAUUGUGGGUCUUGCUGGAUUAAUAGGACCAAAGGGUAUACCAGGAAACCCUGGCGAGUCUGGACUGAAAGGUGAUAAGGGUGAAGUCGGGUUGCCAGGUGAACCGGGAGAACCUGGAUUUCAAGGUGACAAGGGUAAUCAGGGCUCACCAGGUUUACCAGGAAUUCGAGGAAAGCCAGGACCACAGGGGAAGCCUGGAGAUCGAGGCCCAGAUGGUUUGCCAGGCCCACCUGGCCCUGAGGGCUUUCCAGGGGAUAUUGGACCACCAGGACAGAAUAGCGCUGAGGGCCCAAAGGGGAAUGCAGGAACGAGAGGGAUUCCAGGCCCUAGAGGAGUUCCUGGACUUGAGGGAGAUCAGGGCCCAGUAGGACCACCAGGGGCUCCAGGACUAGAGGGCAGACCUGGGAGGAAGGGUUUCCCUGGGAAUCCAGGGGAGGAUGGAAUGAAGGGAGAGCCUGGAUUUCCUGGAAACCCUGGGAUGCUUGGUGAGAGGGGUCUUAUUGGUUUUGUCGGACCUGUCGGUGAGGUGGGGUUUCCUGGAGAAAAGGGAGAUCGUGGUGAGAUGGGUCUGCCCGGGCCACCUGGAGAAAUGGGAGCGAUGGGACACCCAGGGGCCCCGGGUGAGAGAGGCCCAUCUGGACCAGAAGGUACACCAGGACCUCCCGGGUCUAGGGGCCUCAGCGGCACCAGAGGACCCAAAGGCAGAAGGGGUGCGACGGGCCCAGACGGACCAGUCGGAGGCAAAGGAGUGAUGGGAAUGAAGGGUCCUGAAGGCCCACUGGGAAAACAAGGCUUCAAUGGACAAAUGGGUAAACUUGGUGAAACUGGUGAAAACGGACCAACUGGAUUUCCUGGUGUUCAAGGGCCAACAGGACGUCCUGGUGCAAAGGGCAUCUUAGGAGAACCUGGUCCUCGAGGGCCUUUGGGAGUAUUAGGUUCAUUGGGUGAGAUUGGAGCAGUGGGUUUACCUGGGAAGGUUGGGGAGCGAGGCUUACCAGGUGAACCAGGAGAGAAGGGUGCUGUUGGAUCUCUUGGGAAUAUGGGAGAGCAAGGCUUGAUUGGACCUCGAGGCAACCCUGGGCUUGAUGGGGAAGCUGGUCUGAGUGGCCCUGAUGGAGCUAAGGGUGAAAAGGGUGACAUUGGUUUGGAAGGAGAAACAGGUGAAAGAGGAGCCAUCGGAUUUAAAGGAACAGAAGGCCGUGUCGGAGAUCCUGGCUUAACAGGUGUCAAGGGCCCUGAGGGCAAACCUGGAAAAACUGGUGAGAGGGGAAAACCUGGAGAGAAGGGCAGCAAAGGUCACCAGGGUCACCUUGGCGAGACUGGACCAAUGGGAGAACAAGGUGCCAUAGGUUUCAUCGGGCCAAAAGGAAGCAGAGGAACUACUGGGUUUAUGGGUGCUCCAGGACAAAUGGGUCAGUAUGGAGAACCCGGUUUAGUGGGAUAUGAAGGUCAUCAAGGACCAAAAGGUCCAAUGGGAUCCCCAGGACCAAAAGGUGAAAAGGGAGAGCCAGGUGACGACAGGAAGGUUGAAGGCCCACCUGGUCCUUUAGGUGACAUCGGACCUGUUGGCAACAGAGGAGAAAGGGGACAGCCAGGUGACCCUGGAUACCCAGGUCACGAAGGUGUUCAUGGGGAAAGAGGAAACCCAGGGGCUCCUGGACUCCCUGGAAAUGCAGGGCCAAAAGGUUUUCCAGGGCCUAAAGGAUCCAAAGGCAAUAAAGGUGCAAAAGGCAAAAAUGGUCCAAGUGGUGAAUCUGGAAAACGAGGCUCCGCUGGUCCUGUUGGUCUCCCAGGCCCCAGAGGAGUUGUUGGUCGUGAGGGUCUUGAGGGUGAUCCUGGGGUAGAAGGAGCCCUUGGGAAAGAUGGAGUUAAAGGAAUGCCAGGUGAGCAUGGAAGUGAUGGGGAGGUUGGUCUGCCUGGAAAACCAGGUCCUCAAGGAAACACAGGUGUACCAGGUCUGCCAGGAAUUCAAGGCUCUUUUGGGCCAAAGGGUGAAAGGGGCAUCCCUGGCCAAACUGGACCUCCAGGCAAAAGAGGAUUUAAUGGGGGAAUGGGAUUUCCUGGAAAACAGGGUGACCGAGGUGUCAAAGGGCAACCUGGUGAUUCUGGUGAACAGGGAUUUCCUGGAGUUCUUGGAAUAUUUGGACCGAAGGGGCCUCCCGGAGACCUUGGCCCAGUGGGUAUCCAGGGCCCAAAGAGUCCUCAGGGUUUAAUGGGUAUGCAAGGAGCCAUCGGACCCGUUGGUAUCAUUGGGCCCAGUGGUAACCCAGGACCACAAGGAGAAAAAGGAAAUAGAGGGGAAAUGGGUAUUCAGGGACCCAGGGGACCUCCAGGUCCUCGUGGACCACCUGGACCUCCAGGGCUUCCUGGUGUAUCUUUUUCUCCUGAAAAUGAGGCUCUUGGUGCUGCUUUACAUGUUGUUAUGGAUUCCCGCUCUACUUUACGGUCCGAGACGUAUGAAGACACUGAGCUUCUAAUGCUGGACCAGGGAACCCAGAUCUUUAAGACUCUUCACUACCUCAGCACUCUAAUCCACAGCAUCAAGAAUCCUCUGGGAACACAGGAGAAUCCUACCAGAAUGUGCAGAGAUCUGUUUGAAUGCGAGCACAGGUUGAACGAUGGCACUUAUUGGAUAGAUCCUAACCUGGGCUGCUCUUCUGACAAUAUUGAAGUGACCUGCAACUUCACCAGUGGAGGUCAAACCUGCCUUAAGCCAGUCGCUGCUUCCAAGUUGGAGAUUGGAGUGAGUCUGAUCCAGAUGAACUUCAUCCACCUCCUGAGCUCUGAAGCUGUGCAGAUCAUCACCAUUCACUGCCUGAACGUCUCUGUUUGGGCAGCAGGGGACUCCAAAACACCUGCCUCUAGUGCGGUGUACUUUAAAGCCUGGAACGGACAGAUAAUCGAAUCUGGGGGAUUCAUCGAGCCUGAGCUGAUAAAGGACGAGUGCUGGCGCAGGGCUCCCAAACAGGGGUUUGUGAGCUAA